UUGCAGAACUUGAAAACUUAUUCUAAGCAAAAUAUUAACUCUGAAACCGUUUGUAUUAAUUGUAAAUGUCAAAGCAGCAAAGUUAGAAUUUUAGGUUGUCAUUAUUCAAUUACAUGAAAUCACUAAAAGCUUUGCGAAAUACAUAAACAUUUUACAAAUAGUAUCAUAUCGUCUCCAAUGGAUUUUUAUAUUGGGAGAGUUAUAAGAGAUUAAUAUUUCAAAUUAUAAAGACAACGUUUGAAAAGAAAAACAAAGCUCUGAAAGAAGGACAUGAAACAGGUUGACAGUCAGAAAUAGUCGACAAGAGUCGGAAGUGUUCGGGAGUUUCCGGCUGAUUCCGUAUUCAAGAUGGAGUUGAUGAUUUUGUGUCGUCUUUAUUGAAGACGCGUGGAGAGACAGAAGAGAAUGUCUGGCUUGAGCCUUCACUUCACUUGAAACAUUAUUAAACGACACCGUGGAUUACUUCAAUACUUUCUCUACUCACUAUUUAGGACCUUUUUUAAUUCAAAAUAAUAUUCUAAAGAUCCCACCAUGUCGAGUACUAGUUACUAUGGCAACAACCUAGACCGUUAUAUUGAACAUAAUGACCAGUCAACAUUGCAUAAGAUGAAAGAAACCUACUGGACUACGAAACAGGCAGUUAUCAAGAAACUCGGCAAAAAAGAAGACGAACAUGUUGUGGCUUCUGAUCAAGAAUUGGACUCCAAGUUGGAAAUAUUUCGGGCCAUUCAGAAAUCUAGUAUGGAAUUACUCCGUGUCAUAGAAAAGUAUCAAGAUAGGAUAUGUGCAUUAUCUCAGGAGGAAAAUGCUGCUGGCCGUUUCCUUAAAUCACAGAGUUCUGUUGACAAGACAAGAGCUGGCAAGAUGAUGGCAGCUGUUGGUAAAUCUCAAAGUUUUGCUGCCCAACAAAGGUUAGCUCUACGAGUGCCUCUUGUGCGACUGUAUCAAGAAGUUGAAACGUUUCGCUAUCGGGCCAUCUCUGACACACUGAUGACGAUCAAUCGAAUGGAGGGAGCUCGUACCGAGUACCGAGGGGCAUUGCUAUGGAUGAAAGCAGUCUCGGAGGAAUUAGACCCAGACACUUACAAACAGCUGGAGAAGUUUAGAAAAGUUCAAGCUCAAGUUAGAAAAACUAAAGCACGGUUUGAUAAACUGAAAUUAGAUGUAAUGCAGAAAAUUGAUUUGCUUGCAGCUAGUCGGUGCAAUAUGUUCUCUCAUGUACUUGCUAAUUACCAGUCGACAUUGCUACAUUUUUGGGAGAAAACUUCUCGUACAAUGACUGCAGUAUCAGAGAGUUUCAAAGGUUACCAAUUCUAUGAAUUUAGUAUGUUAAAGGAACUUACAGAAACUUCCAAAAAAUUAUGUAAAGAGACUAAAAAAAGUUGUGAACAACCUGAACGAGACACUGAUACAAAUGAAGAAUCUCAACCACAGAAAUCAGUUGAAUCUAGUCUGCGUGAGCUUCUCGGUGAUCUUUCUGAUUGGGAAGACCCAUCAGACAACAAAUCAAACAGACUUUUAUCUCUGGAUGAUGAUGAUGAUGGCCAGAAUAAGAGGGACACUGAAAAGAACAGCAGUUUGCAAAAUCUCUAUGAAUCUGACACAGAUGUGUGUAUUUUACCACGGAGAAGCAAUCAGUACAAAGUACCACAUUUGAGAAAAAAAAGGACAAACCCUGUCUAUCGACGUAAUACUAUGUUCUGUGAUGUUCAAGAGAAGGAAAGUCACAAAACGAAUCUUGAGAAUCCGUUCAUUGACUUUGAGGAGGAUGACACGAAGAACAUCGAAGAUCUAACAUCACAGGAACUCGACAAGAUCAAUGCUCAAAAACUAGAAAAAUCAGGGAAGAAAGAUCCACUUACUGAUAACCUAGAUGACAAUGAGGCUGAUAAAGAUGAUAUUUCUCUGUUAAAUGAAAUCCUCAAUGCUCCCUCCACUGAAGAGGAUGAAUUUAGUCGAGAGUGGCAAGCUGUAUUUGGUCCCAAUUCAUUAUCGUCGACGUUAAGUUUUACACCUGUGGAAAGUGACCAACCCAACAAUGUUGCUGGCUUUAUGCCAUCCAGCCUCCUCGAUAGAUCUUCAGACAUUGACAAACUGACUCUCACAGAAGCUGAUUCUAAAAUCACUCAAGAGUUGAGUAGACUCAACUCCGAAGAAAUCAACAGUUCUCUACUCAGUACCAAUCAGGCACCGUCUUCCACCCCGUCGUCUUCAGUCCUGCAACAAGCACAGUCAAAUUCUCAGCCUAAACAAAAUAAAACCAAAACUAAAAUGGACAAAAAACCCGAUAUGUCUGCCUGGUUCAGUUUGUUUGCUGAUCUCGACCCCUUGGCAAACCCUGAUGCUAUUGGAAAGAAAGGAGACGAAUUGGCAGAUGCGUGAAUCUGGUCAAACUUCAAUAUUUAAAUAAGAUUUCCUCAUUUGAUUCUAUUCAAUCCUUUUUACUCACAAAAAGAAAACCAACUCCUUUAUUUGAAGAAAUUCCAUUCAGCAAUGUCUCUAAUGCCAUUUCUGUCGAUGUUGCUUUUAUUUGCCAAGAUGUGUGGCUGAAUGUAUGUGCAACUGUUAUUAUUAUUAUUAUUAAUAUAUUUACAACUAAUUCCCCACAAAACUACACAAAUGUUGGAGCAUGGAUUAUGUAUAAAACUUAGAGAUCUGAACUGUUUUUAUUUUAAUAUUAUUAAGUCUUCAAUAUCCUAAAUUAUGUUUGUUCAUUCAAAGUUUUUGUUUUUAUAAAAGUCUGUUUUUCAACUCUCA